GUUAGCAAGUGCAUAGAACUGGCUCGCGGGAUCUCUGCAAUGCAAGAUGAGAUCUACAAGACGCUGGAGCAGGAGUAUUGCCUCUCUGCUCAGCUUGUCAUGGCGGGAACGGCUGCUGCGGACAUUCUGGGCACUCCAGUCACUCCAGGUACAAGUAAGCUCAGUUCCGAUCCAAAAGCGGUUUGCUUGACGCACGUUGGCGUCGUCCAAGGCACGAAUUAUCUCUACAGCCUGCUGAAACAUUUAGACAAGGAGACGGGCGUGCGCUUGAAGGACUUGCAAGUCGCGUCCCUGCGCCCAUACCUCAGCAAUGCCCGAACGGCAUGGUUCCUGAUUGAAACGCUGAAGGGUUUUUUUGCUUGGGCACCAAAGGAGGUCAGCCGCGAGAUGGCAGGCUCAAUUUGGAAGCGCUACCCAGCAGCCACGG